CAGGGAGCACAAGUCUUUUCACAUAUUCAUCCUUUCAGACAAAGAAGAAAUGCAAAGGAACUCCAAUGUAUCUAAAUGUGGACUUUGCUCAUUUCUCCUUGCCUAAGCUAGCCAGAUGAACACACACACAACAGCCCACAAGGCCAAGAUAAGGCAUCUGUGCUCCUGCCUUGUCCUGUGCUUGCACUUGGCCUCUGGUGCUGUACCUGGUCCAUGUGUACAUUCUGUGACUGAGGAACAUCUCCUGAUUUUAAGAAAACUGAUUAUAAACCAAGUCCAAAAUGGCUGCUCUAUAACCUAUAGGUUUACCAAACGCCAGAACCUGAGUGAAGUCUGUUACAUUAAAGCAGCAUUCCCUCACAUCCUGGACCUUUUGAACACACACUUCACAUAUGAAAAGGGUUCUGAUAACUAUCACUACACAAGCUCACUAAAGGACUUGAUCUACAACAUUUAUUCUGAGAAAUGCAUCCCUCCUAUCAACGAAGAACUUGAGGAAAAUCCAGUGCAGUUUGAAAGACUGUACAUAUCUUUGCCCAGGGAGGGUCUACAAAAAACAGAGGAGGUAUUUCAGAUGUACAAAAGGCUGAUGAGUAAAAAUGACAAACCUGUGAACUGGAACUGUGAGGAUGAAUACGCAAAUAACUUUCCAGAAUCCACCACUGCACUUCACACCCAAACGACAGGUACCCCAGAGUGCCAGUGCUCUUGCCGUCACCCUUUGAAGUCAUUUAUGUUCACCAGAUCUACUCCAACUGCAUCACCUGCAUCUCCCCACACCAAAUCAGGUGCAUAUAUCUUCAGGAACAAGAAUGAAGGAUCUAGAGCACCUGAACCUGCAGUCAAAGAUGAAGCACCAAACUCAGUUCAGAAUCAGAUUUCUGCAAUUUCAUCAGGUCAUGAUCCUUUUACUGGGCUGUACACUAAAAAUGAACUCUUUAUCGAACAACGUUCUGCAAACUUCAUUACUUCCACCACUCCAAAUUUGAUAGAUAACAGCAAUGAUUCUUAUGUAGCUUUGGGAAGUGAGCCACAAUCAGUUGUGUCCUCUCCCACUGCAUCCUCAAGUGAUUUACCAAGCAUGCCAAAAAGAACUCUUCUUCAAUCAGCAACAUCACAGCCCUCUGAAAAAAGAAAUGCACCACUAAAAGGGAGCGCUGAAAGGGACCCAGUACUAGGACUUGCCAAGAGGUCUUUAGAUACCAGAGAGCAAGGAAUGCUGUCUGAUUCCUACUCUGAACUUCUCUGGAGUUGGAUUACUGAAACCACAGGAAUUAGGAAGAAUAAGAAGGUCAAACUCUUUCACAUCACACCUGAAGAAACAGAAAAACCUACUGUUGAAAAUGUUGAACAGAACAGUCCUACACACCUCCAGAUGCAUCGUUACAUAGACAAGUCCGUACCAGGGAAUGUGUUUAAAAUCAUCAACAGCAAGGAAUCAAACUGCAAUGAUUCCAGAUGUCAAAAAGGCACUGAAGACAGGUCAGAUCAGAGAUCCAAAGAUCUUGUAAAGAGACACUCUGGGGAAAAAGCGUUCCAAUGUAUACAUCUCUCUAUAUACACAAUGUUCCUGAUUACAUCUGCUUGCUUAUUACUACUGUUCAUCACUGUCCUCUUCUACUGCAAGCAGCAACGGACCAACAAUCUACAACAAGAAGACAGGAUUAUACAUUUCUAAAGAAAACAACUGAUCUUCAGGAAAUUUGGAUGAUGCAACUUCCUGUUGAACAUGUGACUUGUGGAAUAUUCCAAUCAUUUCAAAGGAAUGAAUGUGUUCAUGUAACAGGCUUGAGUGAAUGUUGUGGAACACUAAAAUGUACAUUUUUCAUAAAUGAUAAUAGAUGACUAAUGUUAAAGGAUGUUUCAAGCAUGAGAUGUUAAAUGGAUCACACACACACAGACACACAAACACACACACACACACACACACACACACACACACACACACACACAAAAGUAAUAUUUUAAGUAUUUUAAUUAUCUCAAGGUAAAGUAAUAUUGGACUGGGAUAGGGAGAAAAUGCUGUGUUGUAGAUUAUAUUUUGUUAUAUUAUAUUAUUAUUUUAAAGUUAUUUAUCUGAAACGUACACAAAUCUUGUUGUGAAGGACACUUUACCUGUGUUUAUAAUGUUUUUUUUUUUUUACCUUUACAUACAAUGCGGAAUGUUCAAAAUAAAAUAUGAUUACUGUUGAUUAUUUUAUAUCAAGAGAUUGUGUUAAAGCGAACAUAUAAUAAAAUUAUCACCUGCUUUUUA